CCCGGAGGGACCGUCGCGUCUCGCGUUCGAAAACCAAACAGAGUUGUAAACAUUCCAUUUUCAAAAUUGAAAUUCUUGCCACGUGACUGGCCAGCUUUUACGCGCGCGGUUUUCGUUUUUCUUUCUUUUUCAUAGCAAAGAGUUUGUGAUUGUUCAGUUUGUUGGUUAUGUUAUGGUGACAGCUGCCAGCCAGUCCCACAGAUGGCAGAGGACGGACGCGGCGGUACGGUGGGUGUGCUACCGGCUGGAGGCGCCAUGCGGCGGGCGCGGCCCCCCAGGCUUGGAGAAAUACCUAGGCAUUCUGCAGUGGACGUCACGAGCAAUGGCAGCGAUAAGAGAUGGCCGAUCGAGGAGAAUAACAGACUAUCAGCACCCACCGGCGACCGCUCGAACCUGCUGCGCUCGCACGCGGCGAAGUCUGCGGAGUGCUCGCACGGCUCCCCGCGCCCCCGCCGCCUGCCCCGCGAGUCCCGGCGGGUGUCGCUGGCGCAGGCGCCCGGGUACGUGCAGCUCAACCAGUACAGGCUGCUCGAGCCUAUUGGACAGGGUUCUUACGGCAUCGUUAAGUUAGCCUAUAAUGAAGAGGAUGACACACAUUAUGCAAUGAAGAUCCUAUCAAAACGCAAGCUCAUGCGGCGCUGCGGGCUGUUCGGCCGGGCUCCCCCCCCGCGCGCCGGCGUCACGCCCUCACCCCCGCCGGACCCCCUGCAGCGGGUGUACCGCGAGAUCGCAGUGCUGAAGAAACUAGACCACCCGAAUGUUGUGAAGUUGGUUGAGGUGCUAGACGACCCGGCAGAGGACCAGCUGUACCUGGUGUUCCAGCUGUUGGAGGGCGGGCCGGUGGUGGAGGUGCCCAGCGACUCGCCGCUCAGUGAGGACCUGGCGAGGCGGUACUUCCGGGACGCGCUGCUGGGCGUUGAGUACUUGCACUACCAAGGCAUAGCGCACCGGGACAUCAAGCCAGCGAACCUACUCCUCGGCGAGGACCGAGUGCAGGUGGCCGACCUGGGCGCAGCCGGGGACCUGGCGGGGCGGCUGAGCGGCGCAGUGGGCACGCCAGCAUUCAGGGCACCGGAGGCGGCGGCGUCCGCGGACCGAUAUGACGGCGAGGCAGCAGACAUGUGGUCUCUCGGCGUGACCCUCUUCUCCAUGGUCACCGGCCGGGUGCCCUGGCACGGCUCCUCCUCCGCGGAGCUGCAGCGCCGGAUCCAGGCGGAGCCGCUGGCGUUCCCCCCGCGCCCGCUGUCGCCGCAGCUGAAGCACCUGUUCACGAGGUUGCUGGAUAAGGAUCCUGUUAGCAGGAUCACGCUGCAGGAGGUUAAGGAGCACGAGUGGGUGACCCGCGGAGGGCUGGACCCUCUCCCCUCGGAGCAGGAGAACUGCCGGCUCGUGGAGGUGACGGAGGAGGACCUGGCGCGCGUCGUCACCUCCAUCCCCAACCUGUCCACGCUCAUACUCAUCAAGACCAUGCUCAAGAAGCACAGCUUUCAGAACCCGUUCCUCCGGAGCCGCGAGGGCAGCACGGCGCGGCGCGAGUCUCAAGACAGCGGGGACUCCCGGGACCAGGAUACGGAGGAAGUGAAGGAGCGCAAGCCGCGGCCCGGACUGGCCCGGUCAGGGCGGUCGCUGUCUGCGCCGGGGAACUAUCUUACUGAUAGGCAACCAUCCUUCGAUAUCGGGCUCGAAUCAGUGCAGGAAAGCCGAGACCAGAGUCAAGACCUUACCUCAAAAGACGACGAGAGAACGCAGAACAGCAGUUCAUGCGACAAGAAGAGCGAGCGAGAUACCACGUGCGAGCGGGAAAGAAAUAAGACUUGUGUCAAACUGUGUGACAGAGAAAGAGCGACUGCAGACAAGAAGUGCGAGAAGGAUAGCGCUAGUGGACCGACGCGUGCGUCGUCCGCGCGGUGAUACGACAAAAUGGCGGCUCGCAAGAUGGCCGCCACUUCCUUGUUGUUCUGUUGUCGUGCGCCCGCGCAUAGAACUAGGGUAUAGGCUCGUAACAACUUGGGAACUUUUGUUGUUCAGAUUAUACUAAAGUGGAAAUGAUUAUUGGAAAGCGAGAGAUACUGAGUAGGUAUUGUGUAAUGAAGUGACUUACGAGACAUUUAUCUAUUUUAUUCUCAAUUCUGAAAAUAUGGGUACUUACACACAGUUAUGUAAAUCCCAAAUUUAAUAAGGACAAGAAUAGUCUUUAGCGUAAAAAACAUAGCCUAAAAAUGAUACUGCGUUUCAAGGACAGAGUCAUCAUCAGACGUUAAAAAUAUAAGUAGGUAGUUAGUCUAUUACUAAAUAUUAUAACUAAGACCUACCUUUUCAAAAUCUUUUAUAUACUUGCUUAUUAUUAAUAAUAUCUAUACAUCAUUAUUAUACUUACCUAAGUAUCAACUUACUGAUUUAAUCGGCAUUUUCUAAUUAAUCUUAGCACUAUGCACAGCAUGUUCAUAAUAAAGGUAGGGAAUUGUAAGUAAAUUUAUAUAUAUUUUUGUAUAACGGGAAAGGAAGAGGAUAAAGGAAAUAUUAAAAAAAAUACCUAAGUUAUAUAGAAGAGAAAAAAAUUAAUAAUUCAAUCUACUUACCUAUAUAUUUUUAUUUAAUAGCGUUAUUUGUCUCUUGAUUGUGUGAGGCUUGUAAGACUUGUAUGUAGGUAAUUAAUUUAAUUUUUAAAUGUUUUCUUUAAUAUUUUCAAGAAAAAACUAAUCUUUUUUAAUAUUUGCGAGUAUACUUAGCUAACAUAUUUUAUUGAAUGUAACUUGGGUAAGUUUUCAAGUUUUUUCUAAAGUAUAAAAUACUUUUUUAAGGCGACGAGGCGAUUUGACAAACUAAGUCACAAAUGGAGUGCCCCUCCCCGCGCCCUCACACACUCCGACAGGGCCGAUUAUUUUUAGUUAUCCUAUAAGAAUUUGCACAAACAUUGCAUUUAUUAUACAGGAAAGAUUAGUUCAAUAUACUUACUAACAAUAUCAGCCAAAACAUUUAUAGAUUUAUGUUGUUUUUCUUUCGAUUUAUAAGUUUCUGUCAUCAAGCCAUUUGCAGAUGAAUUAAUCACUCUGUUUUUUUUAAAUCAUAUACUAUGAAUACCUAUCAUAUUUUAUAAUAUACUGUAUGUACAUUAUUUUUAUAAUAAGUAUAACUACCUUAAUAUUAGAUUUCUUAAUCAGCUAACUUGCACCAUAAACUCUUUAGCCACUAAGAUUUGCUCAAUCCAUGUUCUAAUUUGUAAAUAAAUUAAUAGCUUUAAAUAUAUAAAAAAUCUAAUACUUAUCUACACUUUAUAGGCCCUAAUGCAUUUUAAACAAAGUAUAUAGGUACUUCAGUACGUUUUUACUAGUUUUUAUUAAUUUGUACAUAGUUGGUAAAUAACAAUUUCAUGGAAAAUUCUGAAGGAAAAUUUUACUUUAUUGCCAUAAAGGUAAAUUAUGUUACUUAUUUAUAUGUCCUAAAAUCCUGAUACCUGCUGAUUCUGAAAGUAGGCGUUGACCCUUAGGCAUUUUUUUGUAAAUAACUACAAUUUAGUAUAUCUUAGUAGGUAAAUAAGAAGGUAUUAUUACUCUUUUCAUUCCAAAUCAUAAUUAUUUUCUUUUGCGAGAUCCAUUUUUAUAAAUCGAUAAUAUAGUCUUAGGUCCGUAGACAGGUAGGUACUAUAAAUAUUUUAAAAUGUACUUACUGUUAUUAAACAAAUGACCAAUAUUCAAUUUAAAAUCAUUCGAAUCAAUUUGUGACGAAAAAUACCCAUAGGGUUCUUUCUGUACUUAAUUGAUAUUGUAACGUCUAAAUAAUCUUAAUUUCUGUCAUCUGUUUCUGAUACAGGAGCAACUUUUUUUGCGAGAAAACAUGAACAUUCGUAUAGUUUUAAACAAACCAUGAGACGCAUCGUCGUUGACGUACAGCUGGGUUACCACCACCGAACAUUAGCAAUCGACAAUCCUUAGAGCUGUCUAGCUGUGGAAUUCGAAUUACUUACCUAAAUUGUAGAGCUAUGGAUCUGACAGAUAAUUAGGUCUUUACCAAUAUAAGUGAUGGUCCUUAAGGAUUAUUGAUUGCUAAAAUUUCAGUGGUACGGUUGCCAAAACUUUCUAGACCAAGCUGUUCUAUCAUUCACACUCUUUAAAACACUAUUGUAUAGGACAGAAGUCAUCAUCACGACCCAUCACGUCCCCACUGCUGGGGCACGGGUCUCCUUCCAAUGACAGAAGGUAGGACAGAAGUAGAUACCUAAAUGAUUAUUGUUUGUAAUUUCUUAAUAUCCGGCUUUUGUCAGAUACGAGGAAGAUUAUGAGGCCCAGUUUCUCACUUGAGAUAAGCAUGGGAUUAAUUCAAUGACCACUAAUGGGUCGAUUACACCUAACGAGUACAGUGGCGAGUCAGUGUCCUCGGCCGCGCACUCGGUCAUUUGCUAGCCGUUCAUUGGUCGAGGAUCGCCACGGUACUCGUAAAGUGUAAUCGACCCAUAAGGCGCAGCGCUGGAAUGUGUCCAGCAGAUUUCAGGUAAUCAGGUGUGAAACUGUCAGUUAGGCUUGUAAGGUUAAGUAACUAAUGCAUUUAAUUUAUUGAGUACAGGGUCCCAUAUGUACCAACACCAACCUUUAGGUAUUAUAAAAAUAUACCUACUCGCGAGCAACGAAAAAGUUCCAGUGAGAAAAGCACCAACUUCUAAACAGAAAAUGUUGGCUUAAUGACACCGCCGCCGUCUGCAAUAUUGAAGGACAUUUUUAACAGCGCUUCAGAAUACUACCAACUGAA